GAGCUCAACGCCCGCAAUCACAGUUCAGUGUUCCUCUCUCUCUCUUCCAUCUCCACACUUCUCUCCUCGAAUAUUCGCUCCUUCUUCUUCGUCUUCUUCAAUAAUACAGCAUCUGCUUCUGCUUCUGCUUCAUCAUCAAGUAGGAGUAGCAGCAGCGAGAAAAAGAGAUGGCGGGGAAUGAUUGGUUAAACAGUUACCUAGAGGCCAUACUGGACGUUGGCCCCGGUCUCGAAGAUGCCAAGUCCUCCCUCCUCCUCCGUGAGAGAGGCAGGUUUAGUCCAACUCGCUACUUCGUUGAGGAGGUUAUCGGCUUCGACGAGACCGAUCUCUACCGCUCCUGGGUUCGGGCUUCUUCUACCAGGAGCCCUCAGGAGCGCAACACCAGAUUGGAGAACAUGUGCUGGAGGAUUUGGAACCUCGCUCGCCAGAAGAAGCAGCUGGAGAGUGAGACUGCGCAGAGAGUCAACAAGCGCCGCCUCGAGCGCGAGAGAGGCCGCAGGGAAGCCACUGCUGAUAUGUCUGAGGACUUGUCUGAAGGCGAGAAGGGAGAUCCGGUCAGCGACAUCUCCACUCACGGCGGCGAAUCCAACAAGGCUAGGUUGCCUAGGAUCAGCUCCGCCGAUGCCAUGGAGGCCUGGGCCAACUCUCAGAAGGGAAAGAAGCUCUACAUUGUACUCAUAAGCAUUCACGGGUUGAUUCGAGGAGAGAAUAUGGAGUUGGGACGUGAUUCUGAUACCGGUGGUCAAGUUAAAUAUGUCGUGGAACUAGCGAGGGCCUUGGGAUCGAUGCCAGGAGUUUACCGGGUUGAUUUACUGACUAGACAAGUGUCCGCACCCGAUGUGGAUAGCAGUUAUGGGGAGCCAACGGAAAUGUUGUCUCCAAGAAACAACAAUGAUUUAGAAGAUGAGAUGGGAGAGAGCAGUGGUUCUUAUAUCAUCCGUAUUCCCUUUGGUCCAAGAGAUAAAUACAUUCCAAAAGAAAAUCUCUGGCCUUACAUUCCGGAAUUUGUUGAUGGAGCACUUAACCACAUUAUACAGAUGUCCAAAUCUCUUGGGGAGCAAAUUGGUAGUGGCCAUGCUGUCUGGCCGGUUGCUAUCCAUGGGCAUUAUGCAGAUGCUGGUGACUCUACUGCUCUUCUAUCUGGUGCUUUAAAUGUUCCAAUGCUUUUUACCGGCCACUCGCUCGGUCGAGAUAAGUUGGAACAGCUUUUAAAACAAGGCCGACUAUCAAGGGAUGAAAUAAACUCAACUUACAAGAUUAUGCGUAGGAUAGAAGCUGAAGAAUUAUCCCUUGAUUCUUCUGAAAUAGUCAUAACAAGCACCAGGCAGGAAAUAGAAGAGCAAUGGCGCUUGUAUGAUGGUUUUGAUCCGGUACUGGAGCGUAAACUACGAGCAAGGAUCCGGCGUAAUGUGAGCUGUUAUGGAAGAUUCAUGCCUCGCAUGGCGAUUAUUCCACCUGGUAUGGAGUUCCAUCAUAUUGCUCCCCAAGAUGGUGAUUUAGAUGGUGAACUAGAAGGGAAUUUGGACCAUCCUGCUCCCCAAGAUCCACCUAUUUGGUCUGAGAUAAUGCGUUUCUUUACCAACCCUCGCAAACCAAUGAUACUUGCCCUGGCUAGACCAGAUCCUAAAAAGAACAUCACAACUUUGGUGAAAGCAUUUGGAGAAUGUCGCCCUCUUCGCGAGCUUGCUAAUCUUACAUUAAUUAUGGGUAACCGAGAGGGAAUUGAUGAAAUGUCAAGCACAAAUGCAUCUGUUCUUCUUUCAGUUCUAAAGUUGAUUGACAAGUAUGAUCUAUAUGGGCAAGUUGCAUAUCCUAAACACCACAAACAAUAUGAAGUUCCUGACAUAUAUCGUCUAGCAGCAAAGACAAAGGGUGUUUUCAUUAAUCCAGCUUUCAUCGAGCCAUUUGGUCUUACCUUAAUUGAGGCAGCUGCUUAUGGUUUGCCAAUUGUUGCAACUAAAAAUGGAGGUCCUGUUGAUAUUCAUCGGGUACUUGACAAUGGUUUGCUUGUAGAUCCUCAUGAUCAGCAGUCUAUUGCAGAUGCUCUUUUGAAGCUUGUCAGCAACAAGCAACUUUGGGCAAAAUGUAGACACAAUGGAUUGAAGAAUAUUCAUUUAUUUUCGUGGCCAGAGCAUUGCAAGAACUACUUGUCUAAAAUAGCCACUUGCAAACCAAGACAUCCACAGUGGCUGCGAAGUGAGGAUGGAGGAGAAAGUUCGGAAUCCGAGUCACCUGGUGAUUCCCUGAGAGAUAUACAGGAUUUAUCUCUAAAUCUGAAGUUUUCAUUGGAUGGAGAGAAGAGUGGUGGUAGUGGAAAUGAUAGUUCUUUAGAUCCUGAUGGAAAUGCUGCUGAUAGAAAUACAAGGUUGGAGAAUGCUGUUUUGUCAUGGUCAAAGGGUAUAUCUAAGGACGUACGCAAGGGUGGGGCUACAGAAAGAUCAGAUCAAAAUACAAAUGCUGGUAAAUUUCCACCAUUGAGGAGAAGGAAGCAUCUCUUUGUCAUUGCUGUGGAUUGUGAUAAUGCUUCAGAUCUUCUUGAAACCACUAAAACAAUAUUUGAGGCUGCCAAAAAGGAGAAAGCUGAAGGCUCUGUUGGGUUCAUACUGUCAACAUCCUCAACCAUGUCAGAGAUACAAUCAUUUCUGGUAUCGGGUGGCUUGAGCCCCAGUGAUUUUGAUGCUUAUAUUUGUAACAGUGGCAGUGAUCUCUACUAUCCAUCACUCAAUCCUGAGGACCGCCCAUUUGUGGGUGACUUGUACUACCACUCUCAUAUUGAAUACCGAUGGGGAGGAGAAGGGUUGAGGAAGACUUUAGUGCGUUGGGCAGCUUCAAUAACUGAAAAGAAGGGGGAGAAUGAUGAACAAAUUGUUAGUCCAUCGGAACAGCUUUCUACUGACUACUGUUAUGCUUUCAAAGUGCAAAAGCCAGGGAAGGCUCCCCCAGUGAAGGAGCUUCGUAAGUUGUUGAGAAUCCAAGCCCUCCGUUGUCAUCCUAUAUAUUGCCAAAAUGGGACAAGACUGAAUGUUAUACCAGUAUUAGCAUCUCGUUCCCAAGCCCUUAGAUACCUUUAUGUUCGAUGGGGUUUCGAACUGUCAAAGAUGGUGGUAUUUGUUGGAGAAUGCGGUGACACCGAUUACGAAGGACUGGUUGGCGGCGUACACAAAAGUGUGAUAUUGAAAGGGGUGGGCAGUAGUGCAAUGAGUCAAGUUCACAACAAUAGAAACUAUCCUCUUUCAGAUGUCAUGCCACUGGACAGCCCCAACAUCGUUGAGGCCGCCACCGGAAGUAGCAGCGCUGAUAUCCAGGCUUUGUUAGAGAAAGCAGGAUAUCUCGCAGCAUGAAUAGUUUCAUCUGCGCCUGGUUAUGCCUUUCCUGAUCCACAAUGUUCAUAAAGUUUUCUUGAUACUCCCUUAUAUGUAACUACCAUACUCAUUCUCUUCAUCAAACAACAAUGCCCCCAUGAAGCAUAUUUCCUCUUGUUCCACUUAUGCUGCUUGUUGGUUUUGUACCUACACACCACAUCACAUCACAUUUUUAAUAAAGGGUUGUUCGCAUUGCAAUUUAUAUAUGCCUACUUUUAUUCAGGCU